UAUGGGAUCGAUAAAUGCCAAGUUGCGAUUCCUGCGCAAUUCAUUCUAGACUGACUGUAGGUAGUGGCCAAGGGUAAACAGUGGCGUUAAUCAUUAAAGUGUUAUUAUUAAAAUUCCGCGUAGUUAGGAAAUUUGAACUAUAACGUAAUAAAAAUACGGUAGACUGCAAAGAUGGCAAAAUUACAAGGGUUCUUUGAAAACUUAUGGUGCUCUAAAAGCAUGCUUAUGCUUUUUAACGUCUGUUUUGUUUUUAUCGGCUUGGGAUAUAUAAUAAUUGGCUUAUGGAUGGUAACGUAUUUGUAUAAAUUCAUGGAGAUGAGCACUGAAUUUUCCGAGUCGAUACCAUAUGUGUUUAUCGCAAUCGGUGCGUCGAUUUCCAUCGUCAGCACCAUGGCGUGUGUGUGCACAGCCAAAGGUCAACCAGCGUUGUUGUAUUUGUACGGAGGGUAUUUGGCAUUGAUCUUCGUCUUGCUGUUUGGCACAGGCGUAUCUAUAUUUGCAUACCGCACUAAACUUUUGGCCGGAUUUGACAAGGGCUUGAAUGAAAGCAUGCAUCUUUACCGUCCUGGAAAUGACGAACUCAUUGCUGACUUUGAUGAGAUGCAAGAAACUUUAAAAUGCUGUGGUAAUCAUAGAUAUUCCGACUGGCUGGAUUUGAGUCCGUCUAUGCCAACACCGAUUUCAUGUUGCAUUGUUCCAGACUGUGAAACUUCUGAUCCGACUCAAAUUUACACUGAAGGUUGUUAUGACAAGGUAGUCAAUUACAUUCGUGACAAUGUAGGAGCUUUGGCAAUCGUUGUACUCGUCCUGGCAUUUAUGCCAUUACUAGGAGUAUUCUUCGCAUGCUGCCUGGCCCGUUCAGCAAACAAAGCACGUUAUCAACAGAUGGCCUAAAUCUAAAAUUACAUCAAAAUUCUACACGAACUCUAUGAAAAAUAUUCACAGUUUAUGAGAAAGGUAAUAUUACCUUGUCUACUUAAAUCUACUCAUAUCAGACUUACAAUUAACUUCAACAUGAACAAACACGUAAAUCAAUUAACACUUCAAGUACUUUAAAAAUUUAAGCGUCCAAUUAUGAUAACACUGAAACUGAUCAAAUUUAAGUAACCAUAUAUUUAUUAUAUACUAUUUAUUCUAUCUUUAAAAUUUGAAAAGAAGGGUUUGCAAAUAUUCAGAACUGAUAUAAACGUGCUAAAUAUUACGAAAUUGUUAGUGUGCUACACAAUUUUAAAAAUUUAACUACUUUGAAACUCUAUGUGUUAUUUGCUCUCUAAUAUAACUUUGUAACUUUACUACUCACGACUGUUAUACCAACGAAUACAAUAUGUUUACAUAUUUUUUGAAUAUUUAUGAGCGUUUUUUAUUCAAGUUAUGGAUAAUUAUAUUCUUAGACUUGAAAAUUUACAAAUAUCCAACGCAAGUUAAGCUUUUAUUUAUUAUAAAAGCAAACUAUCUAAAUUAAUCCAAGUUGGGUAUUUGCGAAAAAACAAAAGAUACAAAAAUAUGUAUCUAUAUUAAAACUAAAUAUUGCAUAAUAUCUAUAUAUGUUAUAUUGUAUACUUGUAUUGUAUUAUCAUUAUUAAAUAAAACACGUGUAUUGCA